AUGGUGUCCGAGACAGAGAUGCCCCAUCAUUCUGAGAUAGAGUCUCAGACUACUACAAAUGUUAAUCUACAUACAACUACUGAGGCGUCUGCUGCGGAUGAGAAGCAACAUGUCGCUGAUUUGACAAAGAGACGUGUACCCCCUAGACACAUAUUGCUUUCCUUGCAAGACCGAGAUCCUGAUAAUGUCACUCGGAUUACGCAAGUAUACAAGCAUAAGAGUGUGAUACAAAAAGAGAUAAGAGGUCCUAGGAGUGAGAUACAACAUCUGUUUAAGCUUAUUGAGGAUGCAGGCUAUGUCUAUUGGAGUAGAAAAAAGGAUGACUCGGAAGUGGUGAGAGAGAUAUUUUGGGCACAUCCUGAUUCAGUUAAGUUGUUGAAUAUUUUUCCGAUUGUGUUAGUUAUGGAUAGCACCUACAAGACAAAUAAAUAUAGACAACCUUUGUUUGAAAUUGUUGGCAUGACAUCGACCGAGUUGACUUUUGCUGUUGCAUUUGCGUAUAUGGAGUCUGAGCAGACAAAGAAUUUUUGCUGGGUAUUGGAGAAACUAAAAGAGUUGUUUGUGAAGAAAGACAUAUGUCCACAAGUGAUUUUGACAGAUAGAGAUCUUGCUUUGAUGAAAGCAAUUGAAAUUGUGUUUCCCAGGUCGAUUAAUUUGCUAUGUAGAUUUCACAUUAACAAAAACGUUGGUGCCAAAUGCAAACAACAUGUGGUGAAUGACCUGCAAAAGACGAUAGACACAUUAUGGAUGGAAGUUGUUUGGGCUAGUGAUGAGGUUGAGUAUGGUCAACGGUUGCAUCAACUUGAGCAAGCAUGUGUUGAUUAUAGUGGAUUUAUUAAUUAUGUGAAAGACACAUGGUUGACUCCACAUAGGCAUAGAUUUGUUGGAGCAUGGAUUAAUCGAGUGCUACAUUUGGGUAACACAACGACUAAUCGGGUUGAAUCUGCUCAUUGGAAGUUAAAGCAGAUGUUAGGAAACAGUAUAGGUGACAUGGUCAAAUGUUGGGAAGCCAUGAAUAACAACUUGAGGUUACAACUGGGAAACAUUAGAGCUUCUUUUCAAAAGAGUUUUUACGAAGUUGAGAACGCGCACAUAAGUCCCUUUUAUGGUUAA